AUGCCUAGAUCUUCUCGUACAGGUGAACUGCAAUAUAAUCCUGAGAUAGAGAAGACUGCUCGUGCAUUGAGAAAAGCAACAAGAGAACGAGCAGAGGCAUCCUCCUCAUCUACUGGACAUAAUUCAGUAGUAGAUUUUGUGGAUUCAUUUAGUGAGACGGAAGAGAUAGAUAGCACCAUGGCUAAUGAACGGACAUUGAGAGAAUUGGCUGCACCAGAUUUAAAUCAACAGCCUCUAUGCAUUACUUAUCCUACAUUAGAGGUUGCAUUUGAGUUAAAAUCUGGACUAAUCCAUUUACUUCCUUCUUUUCAUGGCUUACCAGGUGAAGAUCCCCACAAGCAUCUCAAAGAAUUCCAUGUGGUUUGCUCGACAAUGAAACCUCAGGGAGUCACAGAGGAGCAAAUUAAAUUAAGAGCCUUUCCAUUUUCCUUAGCCGAUAAAGCUAAGGAUUGGCUCUAUUAUCUGCCCUCUGGGUCAAUAUCCACAUGGACAGACAUGAAGAAGCAUUUCCUAGAAAAAUUCUUUCCUGCAUCCCGAGCUGCAAGCAUUAGGAAAGACAUCUGUGGAAUUCGACAAUUCAAUGGAGAGACUCUACAUGAAUAUUGGGAAAGAUUCAAGCAACUAUGUGCUAGUUGUCCUCAUCAUCAAAUUCCUGACCAACUUCUCAUCCAGUAUUUUUAUGAGGGUCUGUCCCAAACUGACAGAAGAAUUAUUGAUGCUGCCAGUGGGGGCUCCUUAGUGAAUAAAACACCCACGGAGGCAAGAAAUUUGAUAUCGAGUAUGGCUGCAAAUGCUCAACAAUUUGGAGACAGGCAGGAUAACACAACUCGUAGAGUCAAUGAGGUAAGUAAUUCUUCAAUAGAGCAAAGAUUAGAUUGUCUAACUUCUUUGGUUGAAAAGUUAGCUAUAGGACAAAUGCAGCAAUUGAAAACAUGUGGAAUCUGCUAUGGUUCGAGUCAUCCAACAGAUAUGUGCCCCACACUCCAAGAUGAUUCGACUGAGCAGGCUAAUGCAGUUGGAUUUCCAGGACCACCUCAGAGGCGGUAUGAUCCCUAUGCAAACACCUAUAAUCCAGGAUGGAGGGAUCAUCCUAAUUUUAAUUAUGCAGCAAGGCCACCAGGAUUUCCACAACAGUCACAAUAUCAACCUAGACCUCAACUUUCACAGCAACAAUCUGCUCCUAAAUCAGUCAAUAGAUUGGAGUCCCAAUUAUCUGGAAAGCUACCUUCGCAGACAAUUGUCAACCCCAAGCAAAAUGCCAGUGCCAUCACAUUAAGAAGUGGCAAAGAGUUGCCUGAGCCGAGCAAGAGAAUUUCUGAACAAGCAAUCGAGGAAGAGCUCGAAAAAGAGGGGAAUGUGUCUCAACCUAGGGCCUUAGAACAACCAGAUUUUGGAGAAAAAUCAACACAAGUGGUUACACCUCCGCCUCCAUUUCCUAGUCGACUGGCAAAGUCUAAAAAGCAAGAACAAGAACAGGAGAUUUUGGACACUUUUCGAAAAAAAAAGUUGAAAGGAAAUGAGAAAGUGCAUAUGGGAGAAAAUGUCUCGGCAGUUCUGCAGAAAAAAUUGCCUCCUAAAUGCAAGGAUCCGGAUUUUUAUGUGCUUGAUAUGGAGGAUGAUAAUUCUAAUUCAUCUCCAAUGCUGUUAGGGAUACCAUUUUUGAAAACUGCUAGAACAAAAAUUGAUCAAAAUUUUGAAUUUAAUAAUGACGAUGCGUUGAAGGUUGCUAUUUCUACUGGUCUCUCUUUUGUCAUCUAUUGUGCAAGCCCCGAAGGUGGAAUUAAAGCAGUUACCGGAUAA